AUGUUCUUGUUUCUUAUCAUCAUCGGCGUAAAGGUACGAGACGAGCGGCGUAGAGAGGGGCAGCAACGAGGAGACGCCCCAAAGUCACGCAAGCAGAGGGCCGACAAGGGGGUGCCGAGAGGCCCGCGAGCCCUCAAAGGCACAAAGGCCUACCAGAUCGGGCACCUCAGCCUACUGCGGUUUCGGCACGGGCGCGAGAGGCAAGUGUCACAACGGACCCUCGACGCGGUGCGCGGUGCGCAGGGAACCGGGGUCGAGCCGUGGAACACGGCCGAGCACGUCAAGGCCGUCCACAAUCCAGCGCCCGAAGGCGGGACGACGAACUCGAUGGAGAGCGAACCGCCGGAGAGCGAGACGUGCGACGACGAGGGGGACGACGAGAGAGACAAAAGCGCCUCGGCGGACGACGAGAUGGCAUUUAUCGACGAUGCGUUCUUCGAGCUUCCCGACGUGGCAACGGAGGAAGAGGCGGAGGGCGGGGGGAACCAGAGUCAGUACAGCCAGCGGAGUCAGGGGGGCGAGAGCGAGGGGAGCCAGAGCAGCCAGCCCAGGGCAGCCACAGCGCCUCGAGGAGGAGACAAUCGAGCCACAAUCGCCGCUCGGCGCGACAAUUCAUGGACCGACUGA